GUUAUGCCGAUUCAGAGAUCUGGGAUCAUCCAGAAAAUCGGUUUUCCAGUUCUAACCCUAUCAGAAUGGCAUGGAUGGCACAAUUCUCAAAGAAUCUGAAAGAGCUCCGAGUUCUGUUUUGUCAAACUUCACCUGCCAGUGCUUCCACCAGGGCUUUUCUUCAGAACAAUUACAAGGAACUGAAGAAUGCAAACCCUAGCUUGCCCAUUCUCAUCCGUGAGUGUAGCGGCACCGACCCUCAGUUGUGGGCUAGAUACGACAUGGGUGUCGAGAGGGGCAUACGUUUGGAAGGGAUGUCAGAGACCCAAAUCUCUAAAGCAGUCGAGGACCUUUCGAAAGGUGGCGCAUCCCUUAAAUCAUAAACAUGUCAGCAGAUUCUUUCCUUCUUUUAUAUGAAUAAGUUCUCGGUGAUAUCAUGAAGUUGUAAGGUGAUAUGAACAUAUGGUUGAGAUCGAUCACCGUAUUAUGUAUGGUCUAAUGACCCAUGUGUGUGAUCGAGACAUUUGAGAUUAUCCUUGUGACAAAGAUCACAUACGAUUUUAACUUUCAGUAGUUUUGACAAAGAACGCAAAUAAUCAUAUGCCUGGACAUAUGGUCUUCCUUUUAGAAAUCGUAUAGAAAACAUGUGUCAUCACA